UGAGGAUACUGCAACGCUGAAAUGACCUUUAUUUGAGUAUUUUGACAAGUAAUAGCUGUGGCGGCGAUUCUGACCACCGUGUCUUUAAUGUCUUCCUGCUGUUACAGCUGUUAAUAAGCGGGGAUUUAAUACUUGCUGUUGUCCCGUGGGAACGGGCAACUGGUCGUUCAGAAUGGGAGGAAAUGGGAGCAAGGCGAGGAAUGUAUCUUUUGGGCUGGACGAAGAGGAGAAGGUCACAGUAGUUGAAGGAGUGAAGCUCUCUGAGGAUGUCCUCCGACGAAUGAGGGAAUCUCAGGGAUCGGAAAGAGUUCGGCCCUCGUCACUUGCCCCAGACAGUCACAAGACAUCACCAAGUGUAAAACCUGCAGAACCUUCAGCUUCAGAGACACAGGAGGAGAUCCGUAAAAACUAUGAGCGUCAACAGGCUCUGGUGCAGGAGCAGCUGGCCAAGCUGGCCCAGAGGGAGAGAGAGACUGCAGCCGUCACAGACAUGGAUAGGACUACACCUGCUGUCAUCAUGGAGAAAUGGAGGACCCAUGAAGAGCAGGAAAAGGCCAAGCUACUGCCAGCAGAUUUGGAUGCAUGGGCUAAACGGUUGGAGUGGAAAGAACAGGAGCUUGCCACCGUUUCCAGUUUCUACAAAGAACAAUUAGAAAUACUGGAGAAAAAAAACUUCGAGAACUACAAGCAAACAGCUGAACAGUACUGCGAGGCCGCAACUAAAACUGAAGCCUGGAUACGGCCCCGAUACACCGCAUCUCUGUGCACUGAGCUGCAGGCCCGGGUGCUUGAAUGCUACAGAGAAAACCCACAGCAGACACUGCACUGUUCCAGCCUGGCCAAGCAGUACAUGAACUGUGUUCAGCAAGCAAAAAAGAGCACUUUGACAAAUCAUGGCUGAGAAAUGCAAGAAUACCUGGAAUAAGAGGAGCAUUGACGAACCGAAGAAAUAAAUUCAUAUCAAAUCCGUCGAUUUUUUUGUCUUUUUUCUUUUUUUUUUUUUCUGUAACUCAGCUUUGCUUAUCUAUCCAUACAUUUGUUUGGCCACCAUUAUGUAUUAACUCCCAUUUCUUUCACAUUUCCAAUUUUUCUUGUUUCGUUUUCUGAAUCUUAUAUGUGUUGAUUUAAUUCAAAGUUGUGCCAGAGCUUCUUCUGCAAGAAUAAAUUCUCAUAAUCCGGUGA